AUGACCAUGGAGCCAGUUGGAUUAGCCGUCGGAAUCGCUGGGCUCGCAGGCAUUCUGAGCACUUGUCUAGAUGUCAUCGAGAGAGUCGACAUAUAUAAAGAUUUCGACCGUGAUUCACGUUCACUCGCUGUCCAGCUCGAUGCGGAAAAGCUUCGCCUCAAAAAAUGGGCCUGCGAUGUCGGGUUCCGGCAAGGGAAGCUCUCGAACGACCAUCACACCGCUCUGAAUGACCCGCAGGUCCGCUUGAUGGCAGUAGAGCUGCUUAGUGUCAUCAAGGCAAUCUGUGGUGACGUAACGACAUCAGAACUCGGGCUGGAUGAAAAUUUAGCAACCGUCACUCGCGGCAUCUAA